GUUUAGUCGCGAUGAACUUUUUGAUAUAGCCAGUAAAAUACGAAGUAAUAAGUGGGAUGAUGAUACCAUCGAAACGCCAUUUCUUUCUAAUUCACUAUUAAAGCUAUUAAAAAUCGUCGGUGAAACAAAGGAUGAAGAUAAAUCUCUAAAACAAGUUAUUAAAGAAGAAACGAUUCAAAAAUUAGCGGAUGAAAAAGCAAUAAUUCAAAAACUAGAGGAAAGCGAAAAAAUAAUUCAAGAACUAAAA